CAAUCCAGGAAGAACUCCGUAAUGGGAUACAUUCUUCUGAUGGAAGAAAUUGCUAUGCGUGCCGACAUCGAAGAAAAAUUAACGGUUCAGUUUAUCAUUGAUGGUUUUCGCGAUCGUUCUACCAGUAUCGCCUUAUUGUAUUCAGCGACGACCAUUGGAAAACUUAAGGAGCUGGCCCGUCAAUACGAGGCUUUAAGGAAGAGUACCCAACCGACUUUCAAGCGGUCUGAGAUGAGUGCAUCAGGACCUGACCAGAACCAGGUGCGCUGCUAUAAUUGUUCAGCGCAUGGACAUUACGCUUCAUCGUGUCCCGCACCUCUGCGGGAGAAGGGAUCGUGCUUCCAGUGUGGGUCCAUGCAGCACAAGGUGAAGGAUUGCCAACAGAAGCCUGUGCCAACUCAACGAUCCGUGAAUACAGCCAGCAACCAGCCGAUGAUGGACGACGGAGAGCAGCACAAUAUGUUUGUUCCUAUUAUGAAUCAGCGCUAUUAAUUUGAUGCAGCGUGCGGCGAUGCCUUAUGUAAAUUUUGAUGAUGUACUAAGACCAACUGAGUAUUGUGGAGUAAAUGGUUCAAGAAUAAGCACUUUUGGAAAAAUAGUUGUUAAAGUA